UCUAUCCGCGACCCCGCAGGCUUAGGGAAUUAGGGGAAGCCGUCGGCUUGGAAGCAGGUGUGGGAGAUUGCAGUGAGAGGCUUGGACGCAGGCUCCGAGAGGUGGAAGCAGGGAGCUCGCCCCCGGCCUCAGGUUUGGAUCGCAGUCUCUCUCUCUCUCUUCAAAACUAGAGCCACGAACUAGUAGGGUUUUUCGAAACGGAGCCAAGAAAUGGCGCCAGGGUUUUCUCUCUGGCUUGCAGGGUUUCCAUCUCGAUCGAGAAGAAGGAAGAAGGUGGAAGGGAGCGUGGGAGGGACGAGUUCUUCCUGCUAGGGUUUGGUGUUCGCGGCGGAGGAGGCGUCUGACACUAGGGUUCGGAGGAGGAGAUCGUCGAUCGAUGGGGACCAGAGUUCCGGUGCAGCACUACAAUUUAAGACCGGCCAAUUCUUUCAUCAGUGGCUCUCUGCACGAUCUUAACACAGUAGACGCUCGCCCAGGUGAGAUUGAGGGGAUCAGUGAUGUCGAUCGUGAUGCCGUCACCGAAGAUAGCUUGGACAAUGAUGAUGAAUCCAAUUCCGUGGACUGCAUAGCUGGAUCAUAUAGGAAUUCAAUUCCUCUUCAUGGUGUCGGAGUGGAUGAAGAUCGUUCUGCUAUUGAAAACAGUGGCGGAUCUUCAAGUUCACCUUAUAACAUGUUGACCAUCGAUGAUGUUUCACCCAUAGAGACAGCGAGAGCGAGGUUCUUGCAAAUUUUUGUUGAGCAUUUUAUCGAAGAGCAUGUAGUUGAAGUGGCAGACUCUGCUGAUGCUGACUAUGGUCAGGGGCAUGAUAAAUUAAACAAAAGAAAGACACGGGAAAUACAGUAUGAAGGUGACCCAAGGUUCGUCUUACCACUGAUGUAUGUGGCAAAUUUGUAUGAGACCUUAGUCAAUGAUGUGAAUAUGCGUCUUGCUUCCUUGGAUGGGAUUCGUGAGAAGAACAUUGGGGUGGCUCUCGAAGCAGCUGGUGGUUUGUAUAGAAGAUUAGCAAAAAAGUUUCCUAGGAAAGGACCUUCUCGCUUUAGAAGAAGAGAAUUGGCAACUUCUUUUGAAACAAGGACAAGAUUUCCCGAGCUAGUUGUACAUGAGGAAAAACGUGUUCGCUUUGUAGUGGUUAAUGGUUUGGCGAUCGUUGAGAAACCAAGCAGUCUGAUUAUUGAGGAUGCAGAGUGGUUCAAACGAUUGACCGGUCGGCAUGAGGUUGCUAUCUCAGCAAGAGAUUAUAAAUUUUACUCUCCUCGUCAUAAGUACAGGCGGGUUGCAUCUCAGUCUGUCUCUAACAUCCCAGGGUUGGCUGCCUUGUCAGGUACUGAUACUUCUUCUCCAUUGGCUAAUGCCACGGGAUUCCGUCCUAUAAAUGAGCCACAAAAUUUGCCGCAGUCUCCUUCGAAACAUCACAUGGAACAACUUUCACAGCAGCCUCAGUUUCACCCUCUCCAUCAAACAAAUAAUCAAACCAUUCAGCAAAAUCAACACACUGCCCACUUAUCCCACAUACAUCAGUGUACGCAUUCUUCUCAUGUAUCAGAUCUUCCUCACCAACAUCAACCACAGACUAUAUCUCAACAUCUUGCUUGCUUGCAAUCACUCUGUGGAGGUCAUGUUGGAGGGCGCUUGCAUAUGCUGCCCACAAGUCCUGCAAAGUUUUGUGACGAAUGUGGUGCCCCCUACGUGAGGGAGACAUCCAAAUUCUGCUCUGAAUGUGGUACUAAGAGGUUAGGAAUCUGAUGAACUGGCUUUUGUUAUAAGAAAUUACAAUUUCUUAACUUCAGUUCUGUUGUAAAUUAUACGGGAAAUGCAAGUUUCUUGGUCAGUACUUUGGCUUUUCUAAUUAUUGAGGAAGCUGUAUUUUCCGGCUCUCAGCUGUUUUAGUUGUUGUACAUAUUUCUCCCAUCUUUAGAUUCAUAAAUAUAAUUUGAUUUAUGUAUGGCACAAAA